CGAGAGACCAAUUCAUCUCAAUUCAGAUUAUUUUGCUUUGACGACUUGACUGCUGGGAUGCUCUGUGGCAUUCCCAUUGAAAGCGGCCUAUGCUUGCGAACAAGGAUUACCCAUCAUAUCCGUACUUGUCACGAGCUCUUGUCAUUGAGACUUAAUUAGAGCUCUACAGUCGAGUUGCACCCCUUGUCCACUGCAGGCUGCAUGCUGCGAGCUGCAAGCUCAUGCCCCAGAAACACAGAGCUUGGCUCAGUUGCAGACUGCGUGAUGGUUGACGCCCAUGAGUUUCGUGUCAAUUGGACCAUCAGAUCUGCAGGUUAUCCCACGGCAUACCGCAAUCGUACGCGUAGCCAGCCAGUCCUGUUGGGCUGCCAGGGCAUGUUCACAUCAUCACGUCAAAUGCCAACCAUCCAUCUGUCUAACCCUUUCAUGUUGCACAAUGUUCCAAACUGGCAGAAAAUGAAACUCGAAUACACGUUGACGAGUCGAACUAUUAAAAGUGAUAGGACGGAUUUACAAGUGUAUACUACUCCGCAUCGCCUGGCUGUUUUCUUGCUUGUGAUCAAAUUAAGGGUAGACAGCCUGUUUUCGUGCCCCAUUCUCACAAAAGAAAACAAAGUUUCUCUAUACCCGCGCAUAAUGGCCAACUCUGUUCCCUGCCGCAAACGAACAGGGUAUCAUAGCAACAGGCUAGGUGUCCACGUGGGAAACUGAGUGACAAAACCGCUACCAAGCCUCUUCCUCAGGGGCUCGACGCCUAGUACUCGGCCUCGACGUCACCCUCGACCUCCAGAGAGUCUGUUGCAACCUCCUCAUAGUCGCGCUCGAGUGCCGCCAAAUCCUCACGGGCC